AUGUGUCUUUCAGCCGCUAGAGGGCGACAACAUCCUGUCCACGCCUCGAGCCCUCGGAAGUUGAGAGAGCGUGCGCCCAACACAACAAAAACAAUGAAGGCGAUAAUUCAGAGGGUCACCAAAGCCACCGUGACAGUGGGAGAAGAACAAGUGAGCGCAAUAGGACGAGGACUGUGUGUGCUUCUGGGUAUAUCAGUGGAAGACACACAGAAGGAUGCUGACUACUUAGUACGGAAGAUCCUGAACCUGCGUCUGUUUGAGGACGAGAACGGGCGAGCGUGGAGUAAAAGUGUCAUGGAUAGAGACUUUGAGGUGCUGUGUGUGAGCCAGUUCACACUGCAGUGCAUACUGAAAGGCAACAAGCCAGAUUUCCACUCAGCCAUGCCUGCAGAGUUGGCCCAGUCCUUUUACAACAGCAUCCUGGAGAACAUGAGGAGUUCCUACAAGCCAGAGCUCAUUAAAGACGGGAAGUUUGGGGCCUACAUGCAGGUCCACAUUCAAAACGACGGACCUGUCACCAUCGAACUGUCAUCACCUACUGGUCCCACUGACCCCAAACUGCUGACGAAGCAAGAAAAGCAGCAGCAGAGGAAAGAGAAGACGCGCUCCAAAGGCCCCUCAGAAUCGAGCAGGGAGAAAAGUGCCCCACGUUCCCGACAGGACCCCAACGCCAGCAGUGGAGCUGAUGGUGACGUGUCAUCAGAGAGGGAGCCCUAGGUAGGCACGAUUUUACACCAGGGACAUGCCGGUGGUCACACUUUCCUCAGGAAGACCUGAAUUGUCAGUGACUCUCACCUGAUCUUGGACUUUCCUCCUUCCUGUUUGGAAACCAUUGGGACUCUCUCCACCUGCUGCAAAACACCAUCACCUUGCUCGUGUCUUUGCGUUCUCCUUCAAAAUCAGAUCAGUUUAGCUUAUUAACAUACCCACUUUUCUUAGGUUGAUGAACAGGGGUGCAAAGGAGGGGGGUGUAGGAGAAGUAGGAUGGAAAGGAUGUCUGCAGCACUACACUGUGUGGUUUCUGGGUUUUCUCACUAUCUUUCCAUGUUUGCACCUACAUCUGGUUCUGUAUCUGUCCGUCUUUUUCUUUCAGAUCCCAGCCUCUCCCACUUAAUCUCUGCUUAGAGACAUGGCACUGACCAUGAGGCGUCACUCAGCUUCAAGUCCUUGGCUUACAGCACAGGCACAAGAACAUCAGGAUAGGGAUAAUAUAACAGCCUUGCAAUAAUUAUUUAUCAGUGCCACCUCAUGAGUGGUAUGGUAACAUAUAUUGUCAGUUUUAAGGUUAUUAUACCUGAAUAACUUGACUUUAAAUGUCCAGAUUAAUACAAACUCAUUCAAUUCAUUGUUUGCCCUUCAAACAAAAUUUUGAAAAAAACAACAGCUUGGUAGAAAAGGUAGGAAUGAUUUCUAUUUAUUUUGCUAUAAAGUAAUACCAAUAAAAAACAUUAAAAGGGAAA